UAUACGUGUUGCAUAUAUGUUCGGAAUUUGAUAGGUUUAUGUUUUUGUCUUAGUUUAUAGAAAUGUGUUUAUGGCGUUGUAAUUAUAUAGUUGUACAUUACAAUGUUCUCAACAUACAGUUAAUUUAAUUAUACAAAAUAUAUAACUUUCGCCAGAAGUUGUAUGUUCUGUUACUACCAAGCUAGAUCUAUAUUAAUAUUGUUCCGGUUCAUCCUUCGCCGGCGUAGAUGACUCUGCAACCGAAGAUUCCACAUCGCCACAAUGCGCGUGUACCAAGGUCAAGGCCACACGAGGCACUGCUGCGAAGAAGUCUUUGCAAAUGUAGAUAAUGUUAUCGAUGUAUAGACAAGUUUAUGUCCUGUGUGGUUACGUGUCUAUUGAAACCAACGAGUCCCCUCCUGUGAUCGAGAUGGUCACAUUAAUCAAUAGUAUCGCAAGUUCUGUAGCUAUGUAAAUAUUGGGGGGAUAAGUUUCUCUUCCGGGUCUGCCUCUUCCAAAAUGGCUUCCACAGCGAGGAAUGGACGGGCCUUGAUUCCUACAGUUCUACUCGUCCUUCAAAUAUGUCAAAGUUGUGUGUGUAUGAGAACAUUUUACAUGGACAGGCAGUGUAGUCAGACACAGGGAGUGUAUUCCUCAGGCAGAUUGAAGCUGACUCACAGGUCGAAGUAUGCACCAAACAUGGACUGCUGGUUUACUAUCCGGGCGCCAGAACAUCAAAGAAUUCUUGUGGAGUUUACCAGUGUGGAUCUUUUUAAGCUGCCUCAAGAAGUAUACAGUCUGUUUGAUAGUGUUAAUUGUUCCGACUACUUGGAUAUAUAUGAUGGUGGCUACAGCGAUAUUAACAAACUGACUCCAAGAAUAUGCCAUGAUGCUAUUCCAAAAGAAAUACUUACAUCCUCAAGACAAUGGCUCUCCUUUCAUUUCCAUAGUGAUGUCAUAUUAGGAGAAAAGGGAUUUGAGCUUAUUUUCACAUUGUUUCAUACAGGUACCUGUGCCGCUUCCGAGUUCCAGUGUAAUAACGGCUACUGUAUUGAUAGCAAACUGAAGUGCAAUGGCCACAACAACUGUGGAGAUCGUUCCGACAUCUGUGGACUAAGCCAAGGUGUUGUCAUUGGACUAAUUGUGUCUGGCGUGGUCCUCCUGCUGAUGUUGAUAAUCAUAUUCUGUCAGCAUCGACAUAGAUUUAGUAGAGGAAAAGACAUUAAGUUUCAGAGGAGAAGAUUUUGGAAGACAUGUACUCUAAACAUACUAAAAGGGCUCAAACUGAACUUGGAAAACCUUAAAUCCAAUAUGGCCACCAGCAUUAUUUAUGAAACACAUAAUACUGAUGCAAUGCCAAUGACUGCACAAACGCAGACCUUCAUGCAGCCUUACCCCCAGGCAACGCCCACACAGUACCCUCCAGGCCAGCAAGUACCCCAACAGCCUGGGUCUGCAUCUGCCACCCCAUAUGGUCAACCAACAGUCUAUUGUUACCCAUCACCACAGAAGGGACAAGGAUCUCAACAGCCACCCCCUCAGGGCUAUCAACUCCCACCGCCUCAAGACUAUCAGCAGCCUCCUCCCCAUCAAGGCUAUCAACAGCCUCCCCCUCAAGGAUAUCAACAGCCUCCCCCUCAAGGCUAUCAACAGCCUCCAUUUAAAGGCUAUCAACAGCCACCCUCUCAAAACUAUCCUCCCCAACCACAAGAUAUGGAGGAAGUUGCCUGCCCAUACCCAGAAAAAGUGCCUUAGUAAGUCUUUCAAAACUUGACGUUUUUAAUACAUUUACUAUGCCUUCCUGAAAGAAAGGGGAGGUUACAUUGCCUUUUGACAAUGAAGUUUGUUGCGAGUGUAAAUUAAUGUGCUUUUGUGAUCUCUUUUUCAAUGCCUAUAUCAAGCAAAACAGAACCUUGUCUGUAUUUCGUUUCAGCAUUUAGGCAAAAAUAUAAAUUCUCUACCCAGGGUAGAAACACUACUUCAUUCUCCAACUGGUCCUUAGGUUAUUUGGUUAUUUUUUUUCAGAGAAAACCACUAGUCCCUCUAGAUUUUCACUAGUCUUGGACUAACAGACUAUUGGGCAAGUCAGUGCUUGUGUUAAAUAGUCGAAAGGGGCCUCUAACCACAAGUCGAAAUGGCGCUGGAACCAUUGAUACUCCGUCACAUAGACAUGCGGACAAUCAUGGUCCACCUCUUGGCGUAGUGGAUAGAGUGUCUGCUCUGAGAGUGGAAGAGCGGUGAUUAGAUACCCUGGCAAAGUCACAACAAAAGUUUUUAAAAGGUGGUACUUCCUGUUAACAAGUGACAUUAAACCCCAUUUCACUUCACCUCACAGUCAUGGAGCUGGUAAGAUCAGUUUGUGGAACAAGGACCUGCACCAAGGUGUCAUCAUAUCUUUGGUGUACCAUUCAUCUUGACACAUGGUACUUUGAUGUUGCUCAUGGUACAUUCAUCUUGCCACAUGAUACUUUCAUAUUGCCACAUGAUACUUUCAUCUUGGCACUUUGUAUAUUCAUCUUGACACAUGGUACAUUCAUCCUGACACAUGCUACAUUCAUCCUGACACAUGGUAAAUUUAUCUUGACACAUGGUACAUUCAUCUUGACAUAUGUUGGCUACAACUAGGUCCAAGGUCAAAAUAAGGCUAAGAUAGUGCCACCAGACAUAGAAAGUUGAUCUUUGAAACUGAUGACUUCUUUUUGAGGUGAGUUUGAGUGAUAUGGGAAUAUGUCAUAAGAUACAUAAUAACUUUUGAACAUGUGUCAUGUUAUGACACCUUUAUAGGCUAUUCCAGGAUAGAAUCAUUCCCCAGCACCUUAGUGCCAUCUAAAAUAGGGAGAGGGUUGUUGCAUUGUUAGUCCAGGCAGAAUGUUUUUACUUAUGCUUGGAUGAUGGAUCAUUCCUUAUGAUAAAAUGCUGGCUCUGAUCAACUGCCAAUACCCCUGAGGUGGAGAUGGCUCAAAGAUCAAGUGAUCUGGCUAAAAGUGGUGUAUGAUUGGUUUGGAGAGAUUAUGACUUGUAUAUUCACUGGUUUGAAUGAUGUUUGUGACAUGUGAACCCAGAUAAAGCUGAUAGACAGCCAAGGUCAAGUUGGACAGCCAGUCAAGGUUAAGUUGGAGAAACAGCCAAAAUGAAUACCCAUCAAAAGUCAAGUGGAAUUACCAUCCAAGGUCAAUGUAGAGAGCCAUCAAUGGGCAAGCUGGAUAUCUAACCAAGGCAAAGUUAGAUAUCCAGCCAAAUAGGGCAAUACUAAAUACUAAGGGCCAAGUUCAAAGGUUUGCUGUUUGAUAAAGCAGCUGGUAAUAUUGACCCUCUUAUACAAUAUAAAAUAUUACACAAAAAUUCCGUGUCUAAAUCAGUAUCGGUGAUUCAAGAAGACAGCAGGAGUUUUGCUUCUUUACGGGAGAAUGAUUUUGCAUAUAAAUAAAUAAAUGAUUGACAUCGCUAUUUAUUUUUAUUUAUGUUUGACCGACGUGUGUGAAAAAUCCGUAAAACAUAAAAUCAUGAAAGUGUGCCCUAAUGGGGUGAUACACUGGAUGUUGGUAGCGACGAUAUACUGUGUCUGAGUCUAGCAUCCAUGUUAAACUGCGGCAUGGUAUCUCGCUGGACAACUACACCGAUUUAAGUCUAGACUAGUACAAUCGGCAGACACAGGCGUGCAUUCACGUGGCUAUAUAAAUGGAAUAAUCUUCAACGCGACGAUUAAACCCAUUUCACUUCACCUCAUCCAUGCUAUGUUGAAUAUUUGUAAUAACAACACAACUUGGUGUUGGGAGAGUGUGGCAGAUAUCACUGAACUAGAAAUUUGUAUCGACUAGAAUUGACCCUUUUCAAUGAAAGUCUGCUGCUGGUUUCUAAAGUCGAAAAUUACCAGAAGUUUCAAGUUCAUACAACUUUCUUCUGAAGUUCACCAGUGACAUGCUUUUUUGUGUGUGUUUUUCUUUUUGUUGUUGUUUUUGUUUGUUGUCGCAAUAUUCCAGCUAUAUGACAGCGGUUUGUAAAUAAUCGAGUCUGGACCAGACAAUCUAAAUAUUGACAUCGUGAGCAUCCAUCUACGUGAUUCGGAUACGAUGACAUGCAUCAACCAAGUCCGCGGGCUUGAUCGACUACGCCAUCCGGUUAGUCGCAUCUUUGGACAAACAAGUGAUGCUGAAGAUCUUUUCAGGUUCCAGUGACAUGAAACUUUUCUUAUCAUCAAGGCUUUGGCUUCUGUUGUCUGAACACCUGUGUCGCAUGUGUAAUCUUUUGAAACGAAGAGGGGUCCAACUUCAAUAUUAAAGAAUUUUAGGAUACCAGCUGUCAUCUGAUUUUCUAAAUUCAAAUGGUUUCUACAGGGAUGUAUGUUUAAUUUCUGAAAGACUCAAGCGUUGGCUUGUUACAGGAUUUGUGGCCUUCAGGAAAGGAGGUAUUGGGUGGCUUCGGUUUUUUUUCACAUAUUAUGCAAACACCUAUCAAUUUGUAGUGAUAGUGUUGAAACAUGUUGCAUGUUACUUAUUGUUUGUAUGUUUGAUCCAUAUGUUUAUACGUUUUAUUACUUUUGUCCUUCAUGCAGUAUUUUGUACUUGUUUUAUACACCUAGGUCUAUGAACAUUGAAAGGUUCGGUAAUGCCCCUCUUUGACACGAGGGCGGUCGGGUAGCCUAGUGGUUAAAGCGUUCGCUCGUCACGCCGAAGACCCGGGUUCGAUUCCCGACAUGGGUACAAUGUGUGAAGCCCAUUUCUGGUGUCCCCCGCCGUGAUAUUGCUGGAAUAUUGCUAAAAGCGGCGUAAAACCAAACUCACUCACUCACUCUUUGACACGAUAUGCAUUAUUUAUGUCAUUAUGAAAGUUAUGUAUGUUUCUGUGAAUGAAAAUCAGAUUUUGUUAAUUCAAUAAUUGCAUGUUUGGGACCUAACAUUGUGUGCAUGUUAAGGCUGAACUGACACAUGGACCGAUUGUAGAGGUUUUCGGGUAGCGUUUUUUUACUAUUUGAACAUGAGCACCCAAUCACCUAAACUGCCGGGCAAAAAGUUUACACUUGAAAAUUGGGUUUGACCAAACUAUUACGAACGGUAUCAAAAUGUUACGAAGUUGGAAACAUUUUCCGAAACACUGCGACCGCCUCCGUGGUCUAGUGGUAGAGCGUCUACCCUGUCUGGCCCUCGACAUUAAGAGUCUUAAACAAGGACUGGUCGGCUCGGAGUCAGUAUACUGUGUCUGAGUGGGGUAUUCAUGUCA